AUCUCACGGCGAUGCGGGCCGCUCUCGCCUCGGCCGUCGCUCACAUCCAAGCGCGUUUUCGGGCACCUCUGACAAUUCUCCGCGCCGCAGCCAGAUGCGGCGCCGGGACGCACGCCUGGCGCCGAGCAGAUCGCUUGAAGCCCGCCCGCUCCGACCGCAGCGUCUGAUUAGCGGCGUCGCGCAUCCCGAUGUUGCGGACCAUAUUUGAAGCGGAGUGUUCUCUCUCUCCCACAGAGGGGAUCCUGGGAAAGGAACAGCCGCUGGAGGUUCUCAAGACGUCGCCGCUCAACCACAUCCCAACAGUGGACAUCAAUUCAGCGCUGCCCCUGCGCCUCCCCCCCGCCGCCAUCCCCAUGGAUCUGCGCGUGGACCAUCAGCGCCAGGCGUCGCCGCCCCAGCAGCGGGCCGCCGCUCCCGCGCGCGAGCAGCAGCUGCAGCAGGAGUUGCUGAGCCUGAAGCAGAAGCAGCAGAUCCAACGGCAGAUCCUCAUCGCCGAGUUCCAGAGGCAGCACGAGCAGCUUUCCCGCCAGCACGAGGCCCAGCUCCAGGAACACAUCAAGCAACAACAGGAGCUGCUGGCAAUCAAACACCAACAGGAGCUGUUGGAGCACCAGAGGAAAAUGGAAAACCAUCGUCUGGAGCAAGAGCUGGAGAAGCAGCAGCGCGAACAGAAGCUGCAGCUGCUGAAGAACAAGGAAAGAGGGCAGGAGAGUGCCGUGGCAAGUACCGAGGUGAAAAUGCGACUCCAGGAGUUUGUCCUCAACAAAAAAAAGGCCCUGGCCCAGCGGAGCCUCAACCAGGGCGGCCCCCCGAACGACGCGCCGUACUGGUACAGAAAAACUCAGCACAGCUCUCUAGACCAGAGCUCCCCUCCGCAGUCCGUUAUGUCCACCUAUAAUCACCCUGUGCUGGGCGUCUACAAUCCACGGGAUGACUUCCCACUUCGGAAAACAGCCUCGGAACCCAACUUGAAGCUGCGCUCCAGGCUGAAGCAGAAGGUCAGCGAGCGGAGGAGCAGUCCGCUCCUCCGCCGCCGAGAUAGCCCCGUCGCCUCUGCAAAAAAGCGCUCCCUCGACAUGGCAGAUUCUGCAUGUAGCAGUGCCCCGGGCUCGGGCCCGAGCUCCCCGAACAACAGUUCCAACAGCAUCCCCAGUGAAAACGGCAUCGCUGUGUCCGUCUCCAACAGCAAAGAGGCGUCCAUAAGCCAGAGGGUUUGCAGUGGUGCCGAGGGGGGCUCUGUGAGCCAGGUAUCCCUCUACACUUCGCCGUCCUUACCGAACAUCACCCUGGGCUUGCCUGCCACCGCCACCGCCACCGCCGCAUCCAAUGUGACGUCUGCUCAACAAGAUGGCGGCGGUCUGCAGCCGGCGCUCUCCCUCAGCCCUCCUUUCCUCUCAGGUGGCCGCUUGACACCCUACCUGGCUGAAGCGGCAGCGGGGACAGGCGGGCACGGCGGGCACAGUCCGCUGCUCCAGCACAUGGUUUUAAUGGAGCAGACUCCUGCGCAGAGCCCGCUGGUGACAGGUUUAAGUGGCUUGUCCAUGUCCCCGGCAGCCUCCAUGGCAAAGCUGCAGCGCCAGCACCGGCCUCUGGGCCGCACCCAGUCGGCGCCGCUGCCGCAGGGGAGCGCCGCCCAAGCCCACGCCCAGGCGCUGGCUCUACAACAGCUGGUGCUCCAGCAGCAGCACCAGCAGUUCCUGGAGAAGCACAAGCAGCAGUUCCAGCAGCAGCAGCAGCAGCAGCAGCUCCAGUUCAACAAAUUGAUAGCCAAGCCCGGCGAGUCGCCCGUGGGGCGCCAGCACCAGAGCCACCCGGAGGAAACGGAGGAGGAGCUGCGAGAGCACCAAGAUGUCGGCGCGCUGCCGCUGGGGGUCACCGUCAAGCAGGAGCCCCCCGACCCGCAGGAGCUCCAGGACGAAGCGCUGCAGCAGCACCGGGAGCGGGAGAGGCAGGCCGAGCAGGAGCUUCUCUUCAGACAGCAGGCCUUGUUGUUGGAGCAGCAGCGCAUUCACCAGCUUCGCAACUAUCAGGCUUCCAUGGAAGCAGCCGGCCUGUCCGUCUCCUUCCCGGGACAUCGGCCUCUGUCGCGGGCGCAGUCGUCUCCGGCUUCGGCCUCGUCCUUCUCCGUCAGCGCCCCGGUGGCCCCCUCGGACCCGCCCGUCAAGCCUCGCUUCACCACGGGUCUGGUGUACGAUUCUCUAAUGCAGAAGCACCAGUGCAUGUGCGGCAACACCAACAGUCACCCGGAGCACGCGGGCCGGAUCCAGAGCAUUUGGUCCCGCUUGCAGGAAACCGGACUCAGGUCGCAGUGCGAGUGCAUCCGUGGGAGAAAGGCCACUCUGGAGGAGCUGCAGACGGUUCACUCAGAAGCCCACGUCCUGCUGUACGGAACCAACCCUCUCAGACAGAAACUCGAUUGUUCAAUCACUCCCAUGUUUGUGCGGCUACCGUGCGGCGGGGUGGGCGUGGACAGCGACACAAUCUGGAACGAAGUCCACUCCUCCAGCGCCGCUCGCCUCGCCGUCGGCUCGGUUGUGGAGCUCGUCUUCAAAGUGGCCACCGGAGAGCUAAAGAACGGUUUUGCUGUGGUGCGACCUCCUGGACACCACGCAGAGGAAAGCACUCCCAUGGGCUUCUGCUACUUCAACUCUGUGGCCAUCGCUGCCAAACUGCUGCAGCAGCGACUCAGCGUCAACAGGAUCCUCAUCGUGGACUGGGAUGUUCACCACGGCAACGGCACCCAGCAAGCCUUCUACGAUGACCCCAAUGUUCUCUACCUGUCUAUUCAUCGCUAUGACGACGGCAACUUCUUCCCCGGUAGUGGCGCGCCUGAGGAGGUCGGAAGCGGCCCCGGAGUCGGCUUCAACGUCAACGUUGCCUUUACUGGAGGGCUCGACCCGCCCAUCGGAGAUGUGGAGUACCUGGCUGCCUUCAGGUCCGUGGUGAUGCCCAUCGCCAAUGAGUUUGCUCCAGACAUGGUGCUCGUGUCCUCCGGCUUCGACGCAGUGGAAGGACACCCUCCGCCACUUGGGGGCUACGCUCUGACAUCCAAAUGUUUCGGCUAUCUGACGCGCCAGCUGAUGAGUCUCGCCGGAGGUAGGUUGGUCUUGGCUCUGGAGGGGGGUCAUGACCUAACCGCCAUCUGUGACGCCUCAGAGACUUGCGUCGCUGCGCUGCUCGGACAGGAGCUGGUGCCGCUGCCCAAGGCUGUCCUGGAGGAGAGGCCCAACCCCAACGCUGUUCGCUCGCUGGAGAAGGUUCUCGAGACUCACUGCAAGUACUGGCGCUCGGUGUGCCGCCUCCCGCCGCAGCCGGGCCUCUCGCUUUCGGAGAGCAAGCGCGGCGACUCGGAGGAGGCCGAGGCCGUCAGCGCCAUGGCCUCUCUGUCGGUGGCCAACACGAGCGCUGUGGAUCACAGACCUGAGGAGGAACCGAUGGAAGAGGAGGAACCACUGUAACACGGCGGGGGGGGGGGCAAUACGCCACGGUGUCACGCUGUUAGCAUUGACCUCUCCGGAGGCCACGGCCUCUCUGAGCGGCAAGGAGUCUCGACCGAUCCCUUCAUUUAGUCCCCCACCCACCGGCCCCCCUCCCCCGGCACGACGCGGCACCUUGAUUGGUGGAGUGACAGGGGGCGGGCUCAGCCUCAGAGUAGGGAGCCAAUCAGGAGACAGAGGACUGGAAUGGCAAAAAAUCAAAACACGAGUUGCUUUUUGGUGCUUGUUUGGAGCUGUUUUUCUGUCAGUCUUCGCACCCUCCAAGGACCAGUGAGCAAGGCAGCGGUGGCAGAUGUUUUUCGAGGGAGGGGGCUCGAGUUCAGGUCUCGCCACGCAAAGGUGAGCUUCUUUGCGGAAACGAAACGGUGUCCGUGUGACGCAACACCGAAUCAACAGCGCGGACACAGGACGUCCCGACGGCUGCCAGUCGCAGCUCUGGAAUGACCGUUUUUCUCCACUAUUGUUCCAUUUUCCGCAAAGGGAAUGUCAUCUACGGCAUGCGUUCACCGUGGACGUCGGCUCUUACAAAUGUGUUUUCAUCAGAGGUUCGGAGAGGAGUGCCUUGGUGAGGGUCCGCUGCAUUUCACGAUGGUUCAGGAAAAGUUUGCCUUAAGGUUUCCUCGUGGGAAAUCAGCGCCAGGGAGGGACGGGAAUUGGAACAACACAGCAAACAAUUUUUCAGCAUGUUUACUUGGAACGUGGCCGUGCGCCUCUUGAAGAGUUGUUUGACAAUUUUGGGUGGAUGGAUCUAUUUUUCUGUGGGAAGGGACAUGCUCUGGAAGCUUGAGUGCAAACGCACGUCGCGAAACGGACAGGCCUUGACUCUUCCGUGGCUUCCCUUUGAAAGAUAGAAGAAGCGUGAGAGGAGAGGCCGGACAUUUUUGCGAAGCGAAGAAAGCCAAAGCAUGAAUCUGCAUCGAGCAAACGCGUUCGGAAAAGCCUUCUUCCCGGCUCGCUGAAUUUGAUUGUCGAUCCUGUGCCGCGCUGGCAACUACCUACAGCAGUUACUCGUGAAGCUCCGGUCUUGUAGAUGAAAUCGCCUAGAUUUUGUGCGGCGCGACGGCCUCGUCAUAUCGACGUGUUUGAUUUUUCCGCACCGUCCAUUUCCAACACUUUAUUUGUUGUUUACUUUGUACUUUGCUUUUUUUUAAAUCCCUUUUCUGGAUAGUUAUCGGGCUGCCGUUCGCUCUUUUUGUAAAGAGCGACUUUCUUUCUUUGUAUGGCUCUGCAGGCCACCGCGUUUUUCAUCGAUUGUGUAUUUAUAAUGUACUGUUUCUAGAAGAUUUGUACAUGGAAAAUUUCUAAACGUACUCUAACGACAGCUAUGAUAUUGUGAGCGGAACGGAACACAGUGCGGCGGUACUCCACGGACGCAGAAAACAAAAGUUCCCGAAACAAGCCGCGGCGUAUUUAGCUACUCGUGCGCGGCGCUGCUGCGAUAUGAAGUCAUCGCACGGCGCUGCUUUGGACUUUUCCUCGUAGAGUCAAACCACUUCGUUGCCUAAGUGUCGGCCUUUUCUCUCGCGCACGCAUACGACACGCACUUACGUUACCUCGGUGACGUGCCUGCGAGGCCGUUUCAUGGAGCGAGCGUUUUUUUUGUGUGCGUUCUUAUUUGUUAUUUGGAAGGAAAAAGGCCGGCGCACGAGAUGCGGAACGGAUCCGACCUUCUCAUCGCUCGUGUCUGUGACUUUGGGUCGGCAUCACCGUGCGAUGAUCAAUCCGUUGCGAGACAAUUUGUGUCGCUACCAGCGUCCCAAGACGAAGACCUCUUCUUGAAUUCUCAUCAUUUUAGCAGCGGUGCAACUGAGACUAAAGCGUGAGUAGUUGAAAUAGGAACAUCUGGUGCCAAUGUGUCAUCAGCGUAGUGUUAUAUUUUGCUUCUAUUUUCCAGCGACCCUCCUUAUCAUGUUUUCUCUUCAUUUGUCUAUUAACGCCCGGCCGUGACGACCAUGACACUUAUUUGAAGUUUUGAUUCAUUUUAUAAACUUGUAAAAUGUGACUUUUGACUUGAGGGUCUAACAAAAGCAUUCCAUUGGAUGAAUUCAUGAGAUUUUUGUUGUUGUUGCCUUCUAGACACGCUUUUACACCUUCUUUUUCCUUCCUGCUCGCACCAACUUGAACUCUUUGCAUGAUUUGUGAGUCAGCAUGCCUGCUUGUCUGUGUAACAAAAAAAUUUAUUUGCACAAUAGAGGAAGAACAAACGAAAAACCCAAGAGUUUUCUUCCUAUCCGCUGUGCAAACAAAACCUUUGCAAAGACUUUGGUCCCAAUGACUCCACCGCGGUUCUUCUCGUUUCUGACGAGUGAGUGAUUUGAGCACUCACUCCAGAUGGAUCUCGACGGACUGCGUUUGCUCUGCCACCUUCAUGAAAGACUCUCCCAAAGAAUGUUCCUGUUUCAAAGAUGUUUCGACCGGCGCGGUGGACGCUGGAGCAAUGCUGCGCUUUUAAUUGGGGAAGCGGUUUGGAGGAGGACAUUUGAUUGUCGCGCCCGCCUCGGCCAGUCCUGCAACGAACCACUGUGGCUCAAGAGCAAUUCUUGGUUUACAUGUAAAUGGCAAAGAAGACGUUAUUUUUUGUUUGCCGUCUAUGUCUCUUAACAAUGGGGGGGGGGG